UCUGCUCGCUGGGACAAGAUGGCGGCGGCCGGAGUGGGCGCGGGGCGGAAGCAGGUGCGGCAGGAGGAGCUGCGGCGUCUCAUGCGGGAGAAGAAGCGGCAGAACGCGGACAAGAAGCGGAUCGAAUCGCCUUUCGCCAAGUACAACAGCCUGGGCCACCUGAGCUGCACGUUGUGCAGCGCGCCCGUAAAGAACGAGCUGCUGUGGCAGACUCACGUCCUGGGAAAGCAGCACCGCGAGCGAGUUGCAGAAUUAAAGGGAGCAAAGCAGGCAGCAAGUGGUUUAGCUGCUGGUGCAUCGCCUCAGCCUGUCAAGAGAAAAACUGCUGAUGCAGAAAGCACACAUUUAAAGAAAACAAAAGGUACAGAUGACAAGCCACAUACAUCUACGUCUUCAUCUGGGCUACCAGCAGAUUUUUUUGAUGAAGCAGAGCAAAGCAAAGGAAGCAAACAGUUUUUGAAAGGUCCUGGUCCCAGUUUAUUGUCAGGAAAUUAUGAUGAUGAUGAUGAUGAUGAUGAUGAAGAAGAAGAAGAGAAACAAGAUCAACCGAACAGAUCCUUCGUUAUGCACAAAACUGAAAUUCCACCUCCAACUCGAGAAGUAAUACCUAAUUCUCUGCCUGCAGACUUCUUUGACAGCAAAACUAUGGCUGCUCCUGUAGUUUCACAUUCAGGAUCCAUACAGAAACCAGAGACACAAGAGAAGGUAGUAGAACGGAAAGAGAACACUGCUGAGGCUCUGCCAGAAGGGUUCUUUGAUGAUCCUGAAGUGGAUGCAAAAGUGCGAAAAGUUGAUGCUCCAAAGGAUCAGAUGGACAAGGAAUGGGAUGAAUUUCAAAAGGCAAUGCGACAGGUCAACACAAUUUCAGAAGCAAUAGUGGCAGAAGAUGAUGAAGAGGGACGACUGGAUCGUCAGAUUGGUGAAAUAGAUGAGCAGAUUGAAUGUUACCGUCGCGUUGAGCAUCUGCGCAACCGCCAGGAUUUGAUGAAGGAGAAAUGCAAGGAAGCCAUGAGAUUAAGAGCAACACAAGAGAAAGAGGAUGAGGCUAUUGGUAGCGAAGAUGAAGAAGAACUGCAGGAUUUGCUGUCUCAAGACUGGCGGGUGAAAGGGGCUUUGUUGUAGCAUUUUUGCAGUGUGGCUGAUCAUCACUGUUAUUUCCAUUAUUAGAAGUGAGACGUUUUUGUUAAAUAUUUAUUUAAAGAGGCUUGAGAGAUGGUGAAGAGCCAACUGUGUAAUACAAAAGAGACAAAGAAAGAAGCUCCAACCUUUGUAGAUCCACAGUGGUGUAUUACUGUAAAAAUUGUAUAAUGCAAAUGUUUUAUGGUAUUCAAUGUACUUUUCUUAUUAAUAAAACUGAUUUCCUACCAGAGCUAUUUUAAUGGGAUUAGUAAGUAAGCGAAGAACCUAGCUUCUGCUAACAUUAGAUAUAUGGAGACUUGGGCUGUUGUGUAUAGAAGUACUGGACUACCAGAAGUGACGGUUUACAGAGAUUUCCCAUGUGGAGUAGGUAGGAAAAAAAAUCUUAGGCAUUUAUCAUCUGAAAAGUUCAUAAGUUCUCUUCUCUCCAUGGACCUAUCCCCUUCAAUAAAAUAUUUGUUUUUUUUAGGA